UUAAAACUCUGCCCUUGACUGACCCACGUGAGCCAGACAGCUUCCCGACCUCAUGCUAAACCGGCAGCCAGCUAAAAGAACUGGCUAAACUCAGAGAAAACACAAACCUUAAACCGUCCAGAUAUUUAUUUAUUUCAGCUCCAGACGCCGCUGCGCUGAUGUGUUAGCUUACCCAAAAUGUCCGGUAACUGUAGGUCUCUGUUGUUCCUGCUGCAGCGGUGUGUCGCAGUCAGACAGGCAACGUUACCGACAGGCGUCACAACAAGACGCGGCGUGCUGUCAGGUACCCGCUGCGGCUUCAUCCAGCAGCGAACAUGGACAUCAACGACCCGGGGGACAGGCUGUUUACAGAGACUCUGUCAGCUGCAGUCCGCGGUGAAAACCAGUCAGUACGGCCUCUGUACCAAGGCGCCUUAUGAGGAUGAAUACCCACCGCUGCCGGCCUACCAGACCGUUUCAGAACCAGAGAAGAAGGAGGUGUAUAUCGUGCAGGUGAAAGGCCUCCCGUGGUCAUGCUCGGCUGAUAAUCUCCUGCAUUUCUUCUCAGAGUGCAGGAUCUGUAACGGGGUGAACGGGAUCCACCUCACCGUGGACAAAAUGGGGAGGCCGUCGGGACAAGCCUUCAUAGAGGUAGAGCACGAGGAGGACGUCAGCAAAGCUCUGGAGAAGCACCGACAGUACCUCGGCCCACGAUACAUCGAAGUGUUUGAAGUGACGAACAAAGACGCCGAAAUCAUCCUGAAGAAAGCCAUCCAGGCUCCAGCCGACCAGGCUCCCAAAACUAACUGGGUGGUGCGGCUCAGAGGCCUCCCCUUCUCUUGCACCGAGGUCGACAUCGCCCAGUUCUUUUCAGGUCUGGAUCUACUGGAGAAUGGGAUCACCAUUGUCAGAGACCACAAAGGAAGAAACUCUGGGGAGGCUUAUGUGCAGUUUUCCUCCCAGGAAGCGACAGACGAAGCUCUGCAGAGAGACAGAGACGUCAUAGGAAACCGAUACAUUGAGGUGUUUCCCAGCACAACCAUGGAGAUUCACUCCAGUAAGAGGAGGAGGCAGAGUCCAGCUUUUCCUCAGACCAGCCUUCAGUCAGCCAACAGGAUGAUUCCUGCCUCACAGACCAACUUCAAUACUGGAUCCUCUCUGGGCUCAGUUGUGCCGCUUUCUCACAUCCACAUGAGAGGUCUUCCUUUCCAGGUGUCUGCAGAGGACAUUGUGAGGUUCUUCUCUCCUCUAGUUGUCUCAAGAAUCCUGAUUGAAUACGGUCCCAGUGGGAGGCCGAGCGGCGAGGCUGAUGUUUACUUCAGCUGCCACCAGGACGCCUUAGCCGCCAUGUCUAAAGACAGAAUGUACAUAGGAGAGAGAUACAUCGAGUUAUUCCUGAACUCUAUACCAGACUGUGACAGGAGGUGAAUGACGACACGUAGAUGCCAAACACAGGACUGUUGUAUUUAUUUUCCAGUCUCAUGUGGUUAUCAAUAAACAAACAAUAAGCAUUCCUGGUGUCAAAAAAACA